GAAGUGACCCGCAGCGGGAGAAGAACUGUGGUGCUUAUUAAAGCGGAGCCUUCGGGGUCUGGAAACAUACAGAAUAGAAUUUAUAUUUCAGUUAAACGCAGAUUUGUAUUCAGUUGUUUUUGAGAGGAACAAAAAGCAGGCCAGGAUGGCGGCGGACUGGCUGGGGAGCCUGGUGUCCAUUAACUGUGGGGAGACGCUGGGGAUGUACCAGGGAGAGGUCUCUGCUGUGGACCAGGCCAGCCAGACCAUCUCCCUCAGACAGCCCUUUCACAAUGGGAUCAAGUGCCCGGUGCCUGAAGUCACCUUUAGUGCUAUGGACAUCAAGGAGCUGAAGAUCCUGGAGAUCCCUGGCAGCAGCGCAGGGGGCCAGCCAGACUCUAGUUCCUCAGGCCACAGUGGCCGGAGUGCCAGGGCAGCAGGGGUGCCCAGCAGUGCACCGAUGGCUGUGCCUCGCAAAGGUGAGCUGAGAACACAGGAGGGGUUCAACUCGCCUCAGCAGUGUUCAAAAAGCUACGGGGAGCGCCACCUCGAUGCCAGCCAGGCCAAAGGCUUUCGCCGGCGGCACAACUCUUGGUCGUCAAGCAGCCGGGGGCAGAGUCAGGCCACGCCGAAGAAGAAUGGGAUGAAGAAUGGCGGUCCGCUGAAAAACAAGGAUGACGAGUGUUUCGGGGAUGGCAUGGAGGACAGCCUGGACACGGACUUUGACUUCGAGGGCAACCUGGCGCUCUUUGACAAGGCUGCUGUCUUCUCCCAGAUCGAGACCUCCGAGCGCCGCAAUGGGGCACGUUCUCGUGGCACCCCCAAUGAGCGCACACCCUCGCGCUACCGGCACGACGAGAACAUCCUGGAGGCAGAGCCUAUCGUCUACCGGCAGAUCACCGUGCCUCAGCAUGGCGGCAAAGAGUACUGCACUGGUAAGAGCUUUUGUCCCCUCGCGCCUCAGCCAGAAUGCAGUUUCGGCAUGCAGUUGACCCCUAAGAAUGUGCACCAGCGCCCCACGGUGGCCUUACUGUGUGGCCCUCAUGUUCAGGGCGCACAGGGCAUCAGCUGUGGACGACACUUGGCCAACCAUGAGGUCCACGUCAUCUUGUUCCUGCCCAACUUUGUGAAGAUGUUGGAGUCCAUCACUAAUGAACUCACGCUCUUUGGCAAAACAGAUGGCAAGCAGGUCUCCAGUGUCAAAGAUCUGCCGGACACGCCGGUGGACCUGGUGAUAAACUGCCUUGACUGCCACGAGAACGCCUUCCUGAGGGACCAGCAGUGGUACCGCGCGGCUGUGGACUGGGCCAAUCAGAACCGGGCCCCAGUGCUGAGCAUCGAUCCUCCCAUGAGCGCGCAGGAGCAGGCUGUGGAUGCCAAGUGGUCCCUGUCGCUGGGGCUGCCCCUGCCCCUGGCUGAGGGGGCGGGCCGGCUGUACCUGUGCGACAUCGGCAUCCCACGCCAGGUCUUCCACGAAGUGGGCAUCAAUUACCACUCGCCCUUUGGGUGCAAGUUUGUCAUCCCCCUGCACAGCACCUAGCGUCCUGUCUGGCACAGCUCCGUCACCUCCCGGAGCCAGGAGAGUUCACGCUGCCUUAGUCUACAGACUGGGAUCAAACGAUGGGGGCAGCAGGGUGAGGGGAGCAGAUGGGUGUCUUUUUUUUCUUCUAUUUCCAGCCCCCCUGGUGGGCGCUGUGCUGUGGAGAAGAAAACUGUUCUGAGGAUGCGGUUUUCUCAUGAACUGUCUAGUUUGCACUGAAUACAUGAGGUGCAGCCAAAGUAAGGAAAAAGCUGUUUGUUAUCUGGUUUUAUAAUUGACAAGAGCUAAAUCUGAGGUUGAUCUGUUUACAGUGCAUUAGUUCAGGAAAGGUGACUGGCCAGACCUGGACGAAUUUCAGAAUUAGCCAUGUUUAACUCUUUUGCGUUAGCGGGGAGGUUCAUUGCUGUUUUUGUUAUCACUGCUUUCACCUUUUAGGACAUGGCUCAGCCUGAUCAAAUGUAAAAAGUUAUUUUUCUCAUGCGAGUCUUGUUGAGAUUUCCUUUUUUUCCCUGAACCAUGAGUUGAUAAUUUGUAGAAAUACAUGAGGUUCUGUACCAGUGCAGAAGUUUUUUCCUAUUAAGAAUGUCAAAUAAAAUCAAAAGUCAUCAUGAAAAGAUCAAAUGAGAAAAGUGUGUGAUGUGACCAAGUACUGAAGAUUUCAGUUUGGCAUGUUCCACCCAUUCUGGAGUUCUGCCACCCUGUUGGCACCGUUUCAAUGUUUCUGCAAGCUUGUUCUGUAAUAAAAACAUUUGUACGUCUUAGUCUGUAUUUUCAGAAGACUAAAACUUUCUUAUAGUAGGAUUUCAAUUUAAUCCCACCAGAUGUGAGUAUUACUCUGUGAUCCCACAGUAAAUGUCGAGUUGGGUUCUUGAAACGUUUUUUACAUUUUCUUGGGUGCAUUACAAAAAAUACUGUUUAAUAUUAAAAAUGUUCUGCUUUAGAAAUGUGUAAUAUUUAGUUGAUAGUGUAUUUGCAUCCUCAUUCAGGUAUUUGGGAAAGAAUUUGAGGAUGAAAAUAAGCAGUUUUACAUAUGAUCUGUAGCUAGGUGAAGAAGCCUCUUAAUUUUAUAAAUUGUGUAGUGUUAGUGUUUUAUUGUUUUUUAGUUAACAGGAGUGAAUUAAAUGCUUAAAGUGUGAAUCUGUCUUGUUUCCUGCAUAUUUGUCCUGUUCUCACAGACAUUAAGAAAUGACUACUCUUUCACUUCAAAAGUGAUAGGAAAGAUCCACAUUGUGUGUCGAGGUCAAAGUAUUGAAGUAGCCCCUCAGGGAGUUUGGCUGUGAACCAGUUGACAUUUUAUGGUCAUUAAUAUUAUGUACAGAUAUACAUACUUUGCAUUCAACAUUCAUAAACAACAUUGCAUCAUGUUUAAUAUGCAAAUAAAUGCAGAGAGAUUAAAGACCCUGGUUAAAUGAAGCAUUUAAUAUUUGAGAUAAAGUUAAACUUAUUUGCAUUUUUAACAGAAGAACUAAGAUUCUUGCAAGUAUACAAGUGUAAUGAAAAUGUUUUGGGAAUGCAACAGGCAGGUUUUCUAGAUAUUUCAAGGGCAAUAGAAGUCCUGCUUUUUUGAAGUCUCUGCUGGAGCAAAACAGGCCACUGUAUCAUACAAUGUGACCUAUUGUGGAUCUGUGAUUGUCAUGUGGUAUGCUUUUUCUACAAAUAAUAUCAAAUGCUAGCUUUUGUAGAAAACCUCUUUUUUACUAUGACUAUCAUACUCAGCCUUACAAGCCAGUGUUAAUUGGCUGCAUUGUUCAGUUAAUGUUUUAAAGGUGUUAUAGGGAAA